CUUGUCGCAUCACAAGAAAGAAAUGGCAGAAGUUGCUCCAGCUCCAGCUCCAGCUGCUGAUCCUGCUCCUGCUGCCAAGAAAGCUUCCAAGUCGAGAAAGGUUGGCCCCAGAGUCAGUGAACUCAUCGUUAAAGCUGUGGCCGCUUCCAAGCAGCGCGGUGGUGUUUCUGCAGCUGGCCUAAGGAAGGCUCUGUCGGCCGGAGGGUACAAUGUGGACAAGAACAAAGCUCGCAUCAAGACCGCGAUCAAGAGCCUUGUGACCAAAGGAAUUCUUGUCCGAACCAAAGGUAUUGGAGCCGCUGGUUCUUUCAAGGUGGGUAAGACAGCUGAAAAGAAGUCCAAGAAGCCCGCAAAGAAAGCCGCUCCUAAAGCAAAGAAGCCCGCCGCCAAGAAACCCGCAGCUGCCAAGAAGCCCAAGAAAGCAGCAGCAGCCGCCAAGAAGCCAGCAGCUGCGAAGAAGUCUCCAAAGAAGGUUAAGAAGCCCGCAGCGGCCAAGAAGGCAGCCAAGAGUCCCAAGAAGGCUGCCAAGAGUCCCAAGAAAGCUGCUAAGAGCCCCAAGAAGGUCGUCAAGAAGGCCCCAGCAGCCAAGAAAGCACCUGCAAAGAAGGCAGUCAAGCCCAAGGUCAAGAAAGCUGCACCCAAGAAGAAAUAAACUGUUACUUUAAAACAUUAAAAUUAAUAAAAGGCUCUUUUAAGAGCCACCACUCCGUCUUAUGAAGAGCUUUUUAUGUUUAUUUUCUUUUUACCUUAAUUAAAGCAAAGUUAUUUAUAAAGAUGGCUUAUUUUAUAUUGUAUGGUGUAGACCCAUAUUUUCUUCCAUUCGUGUUAGUACAGAUUCCAAAAUUCAGAUUCUGGGUUACCAUAGUUUUUAUUUAUUUAUUUAUUUUUUUAUUUAUUUACUUGAAUGAAAUAAUUCUCAUAAACAGUCACUAUUUGAAUUCCAGUUUGUUGUAUUAAAAUACCACUUUAGUUAUGCUACUUUCUUCUUGCUCUCCACUCAGUGAAAUAUUUUUAUUCUUGAUACAUGCUUUUGACCUCUAUUACUUCAUAAUUUUCAUUAAGCUUAUGACGAUUGUCUGUGUAAAGAGGACAAAAAACAACAAAAAAACAAACAAAAAAAAACAAACAAAAAAAAAAAAAAAACAAGAAAAACAUUAAUAGCAUUGUUGCUGUCGGGCAAAAACCUAUGUCCAAAAUUCGUGAUUUUUGUCUUCCUUCAUACUAUUGGUCAUCCUUUAUGUCUGUUUACAAAUAUUUAGCCAAAGAUAUAUGAUGUAAAACACAAUACCAAGUUAGAUGACAUAAUGU